AUGGGUAGGGUUGCCACUUCAAGAUCUAAAAAGCAGAGACAUGAUCCUUUGCUGAAGGAUAUUCAUGCAUCUGAAGGUAAUUUGAGAAAAGCCGCUAAGCAACAACAGAGAGAUGAGAGCGAUGAAGAAGAAGAUUACGUAGACGCGCAAUCUUCCAGAAAGAUUCUACAGUUAGCUAGAGAGCAACAAGAAGAAUUAGAAGAAGAAGCAGAAAAUGAUGCUUUGAAGGAGAGAAAUUCAGUAGCGAGAUUUCGCGUAGCUAAUUACGACAAUGAGGAUGAAGAUGACGAAGAUGAAGCAGACGAGAACAUUUCUGAUUUUGAGCCCGAAGGUGCAGAAUAUGAGGAGGAAGAGGAGGUCAUAGAGAUAGACGAGGAAGAUGCUGCCAUGUUUGAGAGCUAUUUCAAGAAGGCUGACGAUUACAAUUCUGCUUUCCAGAGCUACAAUUUGGCAGAUAAAAUUAUGGCCUCUAUUCGCGAAAAAGAAAUGGAGCUCACCGAGAGCUCUGUUUCGAACGAAAGAGCUGCUCCUCAAGAAGGUGUGGCAUUGCCUCCAAAAGUAAUAAAAGCAUACACUACGGUAGGUUCAAUUUUGAAGACUUGGACUCAUGGAAAACUGCCCAAGCUUUUCAAGGUGAUUCCAUCGCUGAACAACUGGCAAGAUGUUUUAUAUGUCACCAACCCUCCAGAGUGGUCUCCUCAUGUUGUUUACGAAGCAACGAAACUGUUUGUUUCAAACUUGCCCGCUAAAGAGGCUCAAAAAUUCAUUAAUGCAGUUCUCCUCGAGCGUUUCCGUGAAAAUAUCGAAACUAGUGAAGACCAUUCUUUGAAUUACCACAUUUAUCGUUCUAUCAAAAAAUCUCUAUACAAACCCAGUGCUUUUUUCAAGGGCUUUUUGUUUCCUCUGGUAGAAACAGGUUGCAAUGUUCGUGAAGCGACUAUCGCAGGCAGUGUUUUGGCGAAAAUUUCUGUUCCGGCUUUACACUCUGCUGCUGCUCUAAGUUAUCUACUAAGGCUUCCAUUUUCACCUGCAACAACGGUAUUUAUAAGAAUCUUGCUUGACAAGAAGUAUGCCCUCCCUUACCAAACUGUCGAUGAGUGCGUUUUCUAUUUUAUGAGAUUUAGGGUUGUAGAUGAUGGAAGCAAUGGUGAAGAUGCUACGAGAACCCUACCUGUGGUAUGGCACAAAGCUUUUCUAUGUUUUGCUCAACGUUACAAGAAUGAUAUAACGCAGGAUCAAAGAGAUUUUCUACUGGAAACUGUUCGCCAAAGAGGCCAUAGGGACAUUGGUCCUGAAAUAAGGCGUGAGUUGCUGGCUGGUGAAAGCAGAGAAUUUGUCAGUGACGUCGGAAACAAGGCAGAUUUAAUGCUUGACAUCGAAUAG